AUAUUUAAGUACGUGUUGAAUAGGUUCAAUAGGACUUUAUACUGUGAACAAAAUAAGUUAAGUAAUACAAUUUGGGAAGGAUGGCGCCGAGUUCUAGUGUUCCUCUGCCACGAUAUGAGCAAGAAAUGGGAAUUAAUGCAGUUUUAUUGGGUCCGCCUGGUUCCGGAAAAGGGACACAAGCUCCAAUACUAAAAGAAAAGUUUUGUGUAUGCCAUUUGUCAACUGGCGAUAUGCUUCGAGCUGAAAUAUCUUCGGGGUCCAAAUUAGGAACAGAAUUAAAAAAGGUAAUGGAUGAGGGGAAGCUAGUUUCCGAUGAACUAGUUGUGGAUAUGAUUGACAGCAAUUUAGACAAGCCAGAGUGUCGAAAUGGAUUUCUCUUGGACGGUUUUCCCCGUACCGUUAUUCAAGCACAAAAGCUCGAUGACCUACUUGCCAAGAGAAAUACAAAUCUCGAUGCCGUAGUUGAAUUCUCUAUAGAUGACAGUUUGCUAGUACGAAGAAUAACGGGACGAUUAAUUCACCCUUCAAGUGGCCGAUCAUAUCACGAAGAAUUCGCUCCACCGAAAAACAAAAUGCGUGACGACGUAACUGGUGAACCUCUAGUACGACGCAGUGACGAUAAUGCAGAAGCCUUAAAAAAACGAUUGGAAGCAUAUCAUAAGCAAACCAAACCAUUGGUUGAUUACUACGCAGUAAGAGGCCUACAUUUUAAAAUUGAUGCAGCACAAAAGGCCAGCGAUGUGUUUUCACGCAUUGACAACAUAUUCACAAAUCAACGUAGAUCAAGAGAGUCUUUAUGAAAUGAGUUAAUAAAGUCUAACAAAUCCAAAAUAACCAUUUUUGUAACCACGUUAGCUAUAAGUAAAUGUACAAAGGUUUAAAUUAAAAAAUAAAGCUCUUAAAACAAGUCUUGCUCAAACGAAAAAUA